CUCCAUCCCUCAACAUCCGGCGCUAGCCUCGAUUAGCUUGACUCUUUCCGGUGAUCCCAUCCGUCAGGGAUCCGUGGCGCCGGAUCCAUUGAGCAGCCUGGCCCGGGCCAACACGAAGCGAUAACGGGGACUCGGCCAGCCUCCCUUCCCUGUCAGACACCUUGAGCACGAUCAUUGUCGUUUUCGGGGACCUCUCGAGCGGCGCCGAUACAUUAAUUUAGCCGCGUUUAGCUAGCUAGCCGCGGCCGUUGGUUGAAUGUAACGUUUGAGGUCCGACAGACAAACGGGCGCCAGGCUGCUCGUGAAGUGAGGAGCACUGCAGCCUUGCGUCAAAGCCAGCUAAAGCUAAACCGUGGUAGGACAAGUCAGCAGUAAAAGACCGGCACCAGCCACGUUACCUCGGUAGCCAGCCAGCCAGCCAACCAGCCAGCAGACAGGUUAUUUUUGGCACGGUUUGCCUUCGUGCACAUGCUCCGCUUUAGUCGCGUAUGCUAGCCCAGCCAACAUCUGUCAGCGUUAGCCCCUUACAAUAGAAAUAUCGUUCAGGUUAACUAACGCUGACUCCAUUCACUAGCUACAGCUGACACCACUUAAACCACGCAUCUUUAAACUCAGAUUUAGAAAAAAAAGAUUAUAAAAAGGUAGGAAAUUUCCUGUCAACUGCGUAACAACGUGAUUUGAAGAGGGGGCCUCAUAGCUAACAUAUGAGGCCCAGCUGAAAAGAUGGACCUGAAUUUUUAUUCGGAUUUGACGGACGGUACCGGGCAGCACGACGGGGACCCAGAGUUCCUGGACCCGCAGUCGUUCAAUGGAUUUGACUCUGACAACAAGUUCCCUGGAGGAAGUGACAACUACCUGACGAUAUCUGGGUCCAGCCACCCCUUCCUCUCCUCCUCAGAGUGUCCCACUAAACCCAUUGACCUCUUCAACCUCGCUGGAUCUGCUGGUGGAACGUUCCACACUCCCAGCCUCGGCGAUGAGGAGUUCGAGAUACCUCCCAUCUCUUUGGACCCGGACUCGGCCCUCACCGUGUCCGAUGUGGUGUCCCAUUUCGGGGAGCUGUCGGACUCUGGCCCUUCAGACAGCGUGGUGGUGCCCGGCAACGCUGUGGUGGAAGGGGACGACCCCUCCUUCGCCUCCACUUUCGUCAACGCCCCCUCUCAGGGGCUGGAGCACCUGAGCCUGGGAGUCAUCAACCAGUCGGGAGGAAGUGCUUUGUUGGGGUCGUCUCUGGGGAUGGAUCUCGGUCAUCCCAUCGGCUCUCAGUUCAGCAGCUCGUCCCCGGUGACCAUCGACGUCCCGCUGGGAGAUAUGAGCCAGGGCCUGCUGGGGUCCAACCAGUUGACCACCAUCGACCAGUCGGAGCUCAGCGCCCAGCUGGGCCUCGGCUUAGGAGGAGGGAACAUCCUGCAGCGCUCCCAGUCGCCCGAACACCCUCUGUCGGCCACGGCGUCACCCACCAGCUCGCUGCAGGAUGAUGACAUGGACGACUUCAGAAGGAGCGUCCUGGUGGAAUCUCCGGUCUCCCUAGCGGUCUCUCCCGGAGUCAUCUCCCUCGACCCCUCGCUGUCGGAGUCCCCGCUCUCCACCCCCGCCUCCAGCAUCUCGCCGGCCGUCGGACGGAAAGGAGGAGCGGGAGGAGGGAAGAAGGGGAAGAAGAAGAAAGACCCCAACGAGCCGCAGAAACCCGUGUCAGCCUACGCGCUGUUCUUCAGGGACACGCAGGCGGCGAUCAAGGGGCAGAAUCCCAACGCCACGUUCGGGGAGGUGUCGAAGAUCGUGGCGUCCAUGUGGGACAGCCUGGGGGAGGAGCAGAAACAGGUUUAUAAGAGGAAAAACGAAGCGGCAAAGAAGGAUUAUUUAAAGGCGCUGUCGGAGUACAAAGCUGGACAUAUUUCUCAGGCCCCGAUUGAAGUCAUGGACACCGCCCCGUCGCCCCCACCUCCAGCCCCGGCCCCCGCCAUCACAGCCAUGCCUGCCGCCAGCCUCGCCGCUCGCUCCACCAGGUCGCAGCACUACAACCCCGAGGAAAACACCAUCACCAACAUCUGUACCUCCAACAUCAUCCUGGACCUGCCGCAGGUCACCACACGCUCCCGCACCGGCGCCAUCAAACCCCAGCCUCCACCCGCGACCACCCCGCCGAACCCCCCCACCGUCACCAAGAUCAUCAUCAAGCAGACGCAGCUGCCCUCAGGCGGCGUGUCCGUCACAGCGACGACCGCCUCGUCUCCCCGCCAGCCGCCGCCGCUGCAGCAGAUGCAGAGCACCCCGCCUCCGCCUCGGCUGCAGCAGAUGGUACACGCCCAGGCGCCUCCGCCUCUGCAGGCCAAGCCGCGGGGUGCCGCCACCGCUCCGCCUCCGCUGCAGAUCAAGGUCGUCCCAUCGGCGAGGCAGUCGGAUUCAGGCGCGCCCAUCAUCGUGACGUCAAGCGGUGAAACCAAGUCGGUGUCGUCCUCCGGUCUGACGGUGGAGGUGGGACAGUCGGGUGACAUGAUGACCGGUGGGGAGGAAGUGGCGGAGGAAGGGAUGGAGGUUGAGGUGAACGUGGCCUCUGUCCCCAGCGUGACUCCAGCCGCCAGCCGGAGCAUCUGCGUCCGCGCCGGCUGCACCAACCCGGCCGUGGACAGCAAAGACUGGGACAAGGAGUACUGCAGCAACGAGUGUGUCGCCACACACUGCAGAGACGUGUUCAUGGCCUGGUGCGCCAUCCGAGGGCAGAACUCCACCACGGUCACAUAGGAGGUGGAGGAGGACGCGUUUGACGGAGGAGAGCAAGGAAAUGGACAAAGAAUAACACGUGAAAUGCAACUUGAACAGAGGAGUGAAUGAUGGUAGGCUCAGGUACUGGCACAUAACGGUCCGUUUUAUCAUGUCAAGGAAAAAAAAUAGACAAGACAGUCACUACAACGUGCGUUCCUGUGGUCGGAACGAAACUGGAACACUGCGGCGAGGAUGACGGCUCGCGACACGGACCGACGGAAUCUACGGACUUCCCCUUUUUCAUCAUCUGUUGUGAAUUUUGAACCAUGGACUGAAGAAAAGAACGUUUUAUAUGAACUUCUGGUGUUUUUAUUGUUUUGAAAAAGAGAAAAAAAGAGAGAGAUCAUGAUCCUGCAGAAGAAUCCGGUUCAUUUCAAAGAAAUUCCACUUUUUAUGUGUUUGCUCUUCCCUUUACUGUCACACGGAGGCUCGGUCCACGUGAAUGAAAACCGAGAGGUGAUUUUUGUUUUUAUUGGUUUUUUUUUUCCAGCGACGUGCGGGUGCUUCGCUGCGAGCGGUCCGAGGCUGCUACAGAGAUUUAAUUUCUAAACCACGAGAAUCAUCCUGGUGAAGCACAAACGGUCUUACAGGUCGUUUCCAAGUUGUACGAAGCCGUUUUGAGACGAGGUGGAAAAUAAAUCCGCUCGCUUUGUUGGGGGGGAGAAAACAGCCAUCGUGGGGGAAAACAAAAAAAAAAGGAUUUUACUUUAAACUUUCAGAAACAGGUGCUAAAGUUCAGGAAACAAAGAAAAGGCUCCUGUGUUCUCUGUUCUGCUCUCGAGCUUUUUGAACCCAGAUAUUUAGUUUCACAAGGAAUAUUUGUGGUGGAAUUUGGUGUUUUUUUUGAGUACAAAAAAAAACAAAAAAAUGAAUUGGAAUGAAAUAAACACACCAGCUCUGAUGACGCUACUAUUUGGGGGGGAUACAGUACAAAAGCUUUACUUGUUUUCUUUUUCUUUUUUUUACAUGAGGUGUUUUAAUUUAACGAGUUGCUUCCACAGAAGAAAACUGUUCCCGGUCGGAGGAAACGACGCAGCAGUCGCUCUGGUUUAUUGUAGAUACCCUGGAAAUGUUUUUAAUGGUGAAAUAAAAAGUAUUUUAUGUUUUAAUAUACAUUUGGUGAUGCACAUUUUGGGCUCACAGGUACAACUGGAGGGGCUGGUGUUUCAUUAAUUUCACUUCCUUUUUUUCAACCAAUGGGAAAUAUUUAAA